UGUCACCGUACCUGCCGAAGCAGUAACAGAAGGGAAAACGGGUACCCGCAUCCAUUGUUAUUUAUUUCACUUUAUCUCCUGGAUGACGACAACUCCUCUCUGAACAGGACCCCCCCACCAAAGCGGACUACCCACCAUGUCGGCUGAGGAGGAGAGGGGGGUAGUUCGUGUCAAAGUCAAGAAGUGUGAAGGAGUGAUGCCAGUGGAGUUCCGCUCUUUUGCCGUUGAUCCUCAGAUAACCUCAUUAGAGGUGUUGCAGCAUAUCCUAAUUCGCGCCUUUGAGCUAAAUGGGAAACGAAAUUUUGGGAUUAGUUACCUGUCUCGUGACCACGGAGGUGUGGAGGUCUAUGUAUCUCUGCUGUCUGACUGGGAUUUAGAUGCAGCAUUUGUCAGUGCAGCAAAGCCUUUUCUCCAGCUCAAGAUGGACAUCAAAACAUCAGAAGACAGUCCUAUACUUGAGGAUUGGGACAUAAUCAGCCCGAAGGAUGUAAUUGGUUCUGACCAGCUGCAGGGAGAGAAGAGAUCGCUGGCGUUUGCUGCACUUCCCUUUACACAGUCGCUGCUAUCCCAGGUGGGUCGUACACUAUCACGGGUGCAGCAGGCCUUAAGCUGGUCCUAUGGGGAAGAGGUGAAACCAUUCAAGCCCCCUUUAAGUGAUGCUGAAUUCCACAGUUACCUGAACAUUCAAGGUCAGCUGACACGACCAGAAGAACUUAGACUUCGUAUCUAUCAUGGAGGGGUUGAGCCAUCCUUACGCAAGGUUGUAUGGCGGUAUCUCCUUAAUGUGUAUCCAGAUGGUCUGACAGGGCAAGAGAGAAUGGACUACAUGAAGAGGAAGACAAGGGAGUACGACCAGCUGAAAAGCGAGUGGAAGGCACGUGUCAGCUCCGAGGAUUUGGAGUUCAUCCGGGGAAAUGUUUUGAAGGAUGUUCUUAGAACGGACCGAGCGCAUCCUUACUAUGCGGGCUCAGAGGACAGCCCACAUCUCACAGCCUUGACAGACAUCCUCACCACUUUUGCUAUUACACAUCCACAGGUGUCUUAUUGCCAAGGCAUGAGUGAUAUUGCCUCGCCAAUUCUCGCCGUCAUGGACAACGAAGCUCACGCAUUCAUCUGCUUCUGUGGCAUUAUGAAACGUCUUGAGGGCAACUUCCGCCCUGAUGGACAACUCAUGUCCAUCAAAUUCCAGCAUCUCAAGUUGCUACUACAGUAUUCAGACCCUGAGUUUUAUGCCUACCUUGUCUCUAAAGGUGCAGAUGACCUGUUUUUCUGUUACCGCUGGUUACUUCUGGAGCUGAAGCGGGAGUUUGCUUUUGAUGAUGCUCUACGAAUGCUAGAGGUCACCUGGAGCUCUUUGCCACCUGACCCACCUGAGACAGAGGUGGAGCUUCUUGGGCCACCGCUUGAAAGAGAUCAGUGCACCAGUUCGCAGAAUGUUCCUCAGAAUUUGGAAAUGGAUGAGAUGGAGGCAGGAAUGGAACAGGCUGAAAGGCAGAGGAGACGCCACAUGCUCAGACCAUCUCGAGAAGAGGCAGAUGGAGGGCAUCAACUGGGUAUAGAAGAGGAGAAAGGGUCCCGGAGGGAAGCCGAGGGAGAGUAUAGUAUGGAUAAUGUGGUCAAGAGUAAUGUGACAACUCCAGCUCCCCCCUUCGAGAAACAGGCCAGUUUUGGAGACUUUAAGUACUAUAGCAGUCGUAACAAGUAUAGUUUUGAGGUGAAUGAGAAUGACUGCUCUGAUCCCAUAUUAUCUCAAGAGCAGUUUGAGUCUGCACACUCCACAUUGCCAUUCUCGGUCUGUCAGUCCACAGAGGAAAGUGAGGGGGACCCUGGAGAGAAAGAACCUAUUAUCAGCAGUAAUUACACACAGUCAUCUCCAGGGCAGAGAGACUCUCCAAAUGGACAGGCAGCUUCUCCAGAAUCAUCUCAUCCUUCCGGUCUGCCAAACUGGAAAACUAGCUCCACUCAGUCACUGGAUGCAUCUAAUUCUCCAUCCAGCUGGAGAACAGCAUCUCCUGAUGUCUUAUCUAAAUGCAUAUCCUCAUCAUCAUGCGGGGACAAAACAGUGUCUCCUGAUAAAGCAUCUGGUGGUUUUGCAUCCUCACAAGUAGUAUUAAAUGGAACUGGUAGUCAGUCCCCAUCAGUGGUCCCAGGGAAAUCAUUACUGGCAUCUCCAUCAUGUUAUAAUGGUUCGCUUCUCUCUUCCCCGGUUUUAACUUUCGGCAAGUCACCGUCUUUGUCCAAACCAUUCUCCAGCAAUCUCUCCUCACCAUGCAAACCCACUGGGACUGACACAAGCUCUCCAAACACGAACAAACCAGAAGGAGGUGGAAUUAAACCAUGCUCGCUUCCCCCUCCACAAGAGUUUGGGAAAGGGAAUCCCUUUAUGCUAUUCCUUUCUCUCUCUAUCCUACUGGAGCACCGUGAUCACAUUGUUAAAAACAGCCUAGAUUAUAAUGAGCUGGCCAUGCACUUUGACCGCCUGGUCCGUCGCCACAACCUCGGGCGUAUUCUGCAGCGAGCUAAAUCCCUCUUCGCAGACUACCUGCUGAGUGAGGUAUGGGACUCGGAGGAAGGAGACGAGGUCAGCAUGGACUCCCCGACUACAGCUGCAGUAUCUCCCCAGACGCCCACCACUAGAGCCCCUUUCCUCAAUGUACAGCCCUCUCAGGGUACCUUCCUGAAUUCCACCUAUAAUCUGGCUAAUACCAUUCCCUCCCCUACAACUCCCAUAGUUUCUCUCCCUCAGCUUCCUGAUUCUGUGCACUGGUAGUUUAUCUCCAGCAACCAACUCCAACCACAAACAGACACAGAGUCAUAAUAGACGUUUUACCAUAAUCUGUCGAGUCACAGCAACUUUUGUGCUCUACACAUGCUUUAUGGAACUUGCUUUAUGUUUAAAACCAAAGCUGGGUUACUUUCUUAUUUUCUUUUUUGCCUUAUCUUACCCUCCUUUUCAUCAUACUGUAUAAUUUUUAUUGCACUUUAUAGUUUGUCCUGUGAAAGGAACAGGCCUGUUUGUGUCUCAUUUCUCUUUGUAAAUAACACUUCGGCACUGCACAUUAUGAACACAUAAAACCUCUUUAUACUAGCCACACUUAUCUGAGACAAAGUAACAAAUGUAUGCUGUUAUUUAUUUGUGUGUGUGCAAUCUUGAUUUUUAAUGAACAUGAUCUCAUUGACUUUUUAUGAGGUUAUCAUGGCUGUUAUGGCAGGAAGGAGAAUUUUUACUCAAGUAAAGGUUUUAAAACCCCCUCGGAAAUUAAUUCAAAACAUUGUUUGAAAUAUUGCCAGCAGCGAAUGUGUAUUUGGUAUCAUGAUAAUUGUCCAGUGUGCUUUAUGAAAACCUUAAGCCUUGACCUUUGUUUGUACAAAACAUUUGACCCGAUCAUUUGACUUUCAGUGUGAGAUGAAGGUGCUGACGCGUUAUCUAGUUUCCCAUCAAUGUGAAACCUUCAAGUGAAGUAGGACUUUUUGAGAGUAGGUUACAUUCAGUAUCAAUCUUGAAUUGCUGUUAGGACUGUCCUCUUCUCUAGUGUAGAACAGCUGUUUUACAUGUAAGCUGUAGACCUAUGGUAAAGCACCAAUCCUACUAGGGUAAACAUAUUUUAGAUAUUUCCCUUCAGUCCUGCAUUUAUACAUUUUAAGUCUCUUGCAGCCUAAUAAAGUUGAGGUUAAUGUACUGUACAUGAACUGACAGUACUUUUAACACUGUUGUGAACAAUGGAUGUUGAUUUGGUUUCACUUAUCCUCGCCUUUGUGGGAAAAGUGCCUAAUUUCAGUAAAUUGACCAUUUUUGUCUCUUAUUUCUUUAUGUAUAUAUCAUUUAAUUGUGUUAAUAUAUCAUCCACCAAAGGCUUGUCUGUUCAUUCUUUGCUAUAGUGACUUUGCUGUUUUUUUUUUUUUAAUAAGCAGGGAUCCUCCUUGACUGUUGCCUCCUUGACAGCAGAGUAUUAUAAGUGUUUGAAGCCUUUAGAAGAUUGCCGUUCGAAGGAAUCUUGCAACUCUGCACUUGUUCUUUAUGUCUUAAUACCAAGUGUUCUUUUCCCCUUUUUUCUUAUAAGUGCUAAAAUUAUAAUUAAUCUGCACAUGGACCAAAAAAGGAUUUCCCUGGAAAGUGCAACAGUUACGAGUUCAUCUCAUGAGCGUUAUGUUUAAAACAUAUAUGGUGUAUGAUACUAUGAUUUUGUUUGGUUAUUAAUGAUAGUAUUCCUUACUCAUACCUCUGGAGAGAUUUACUGAAUUGAAUGCUUGCAAUACUCCAACUUUGUACAAUAAAUUCACUAAAUAUUGAUGGUCUUUGAUAAAUCACUCUUCAUUUAUAAACCUU